AUGGGAUCCUUAGGAAUUACUCAGCACCCCUUCAUCAUUGUUCUACUUGGAAUCACUAUUUCAGUAUUUCUCAGCAGAUUUGGUGGAUCAGGAAAUAAAGGUAUUGAACCAUUAACAAACUACAUUAAGAAUGACUUAGUUAUCUCAAUCCCUGUCCAUCUAAGCUUUGGCGACGAAGGGUUUAAAUUCCCUGAUUUGGCAAAAGCAGUUCAAAUACAAGUAGAUCAAGAAUUGAAUUAUAUAUAUCCUGGGAGAAUAAAAAUAGAGAUCAUUGAUCAAUUGGAACUACCAUAUUCGAAUGAAACAGAUACGUUUCUUAAGAGUCAAUAUAUGAUUGAGUUAAUACACGCCGAUAAAGACUUUGUAGGGAUGGAUUCAGAGCUUUGUAAAUGUUAUGUAUUUUAUACAUUAGAUUCAAUUCACUCAAAUGAUUUACCAUUUUUUGUUACUCAAGCUAUUAUACAUCAUCUUUUAAUGUCCGAGAUUUAUACAUUUCGAAAUAAUGAAUUCCAGGAUCACUUAUUAAGUGGAGUUCCAUAUUCUAUAGGUAUAUCAUUGAAUAUUAAUAGUAAUAUCACAGAGUCACUAGUAAUGGAAUUGGAAGACUAUUUUGAUGCCUUAAAAGAUAUUUAUAAUAUAGCUCAUUAUAUCGAAGUUAAUAAUUUAAAUCAAGAACAUUCUGCAACAAGAAAAUUCAACAUUAUAGUCGUUGAAAACUUGACAAACAACACCACAGAAGAUCUUCCAACAUCAUCAAAUACAGUGACAGUCUUGAAAUUAGCUGACUUAGAGAGCGUGGUACCAGACAUAACAAAAGUAUUAGAUGAUCAUCUUGGAUUAUCUCAGCACCCUUCCAACAAUGUCAACCUCAAAAUCCAUAGCUUAUAUCGAUUCAACACUAUAAAACUAUUGGAGAAAAUAUUAGAUGAAGUACGAUUGAAUAAGAAGGUUAAUGAAGAUUUCAAAGAUGAAGUAGUUUCUCUUGCAAAUGAUGUUAUAGCGGCAAAAAUGGACUGGAAACAUUUAUAUGCUCGAGCUAGAUCAUUUAAUUUAGAAUUAGAAAAGUAG